UCGAAAUUCACGCAAGUGCAACGUAGGAAGAUCCCAGAGUUGCCGAUCGGACGCGUCUCGCCCAUGCGCUCGUUCCUCUGGUUGGCGCUAGCGUGCGCAGCGGUCGCCGUCGCUGGCGACCGCAAAGCCAAGACCUUUCUCUUGCCAGAGACCGCGCGCUUCCACCUCGGGCCGCUGCUCCAGGCCUUUGAUACGCUCGGCAUCACCGAAUACGACAGCGAGGACGCCGACUCGUGGCGCGCCGCCAAACACACGGACGACAUCGACUUGAUCUGGAGCUACGAGUAUGUGCAGCUGGGCGCGAUCGGGCCGCUCAAGCGCCGGCACAAGGUGAACCACCUCCCCGGCAGCUUUGUGCUCGUCUCGAAAGGCCACGUGUACGAGACGCAGCUGCGGCUGCAAGCCGAGCACAGCAAGUUCGACUUCAACUUUAUUCCAGCACAAUAUCGACUGCCGCAAGACGUCGACGAGUUCUCGGCGGCGUUCCGCGCCCGGCGCGACGACCCGCUUGUCGCGACCAAGCCGGACGACGCGCUGUACAACCGCCGGUGGCUCUUAAAGAGCCAGGCGCACCGCGGCGUGCGCUUCUUCAGCGGCAUGGAGGAGCUUGGCGAGCACAUGCACACGAACGACAUGGUCGCGCAGUGCAUUGAGCCGCUGCUCAUCUCGGGCCACAAGUUUGACAUUGGUCUCUACGUGGCAGUGACGUCGAUCGACCCGCUGCGCAUUUACAUCUACCACAAUGCACUCUUGCGCAUGUGCAAGCUCCCGUACCCCGUCUCGCUCGACAACGCCGCCGACCUCGAGUCGUACGUCGUCGACGAGUACCUCCCGCCCUGGGAAAUGCCCGCGCUGCGCGACUUUUACAGUGAGCUGCCUUCGAAAACGAGCGAAGGCACAAGCCACUUUGGCGUGCUCAAAAAGCACCUCGAGACGAUUGGCUUAGACGCUGACCGGUUUGAGCGCGAGAUCUACGGCGACGUCGUCAAGAUCAUUGCUGGUAACCGCGCCCACUUCCUCGACGCGGAGCGCACGUACCGUCGCCAGCACCGCCAAGCUCAAGACAACGUCGGGAGCAACUUUUUUGAAAUGUACCGGUUUGACUUUAUGGUCGAAGACAACGGCAAGCCAUGGCUCAUGGAGGUCAACCAGUCGCCCAACCUCGCGCCCAAGUACUUUGCGUCCGGCACGGACGCUGCGAUGAAGGAGGGAAUUGUACACGAUCUCUUGCACAUGGUCGGCGUCCAGUCACCAAGCGACAGAAAUAGUCCGCCACAGCUCGACGCAGCCCGUUGUGCCGAGCAGUGCAAGGACAAGGCGUCGCAGUUCUGGGAUAUAAACUGCUGGCGCUGCGAGAAAUGGCUGAGUAAGCACGCGGCGCAGACGCUGUUUGAAGCGGCGACCGAGCACGCGCGCCGCGGCAAGUUCAACCUCGUGUACCCAGCGAACUCGGCGUACGACGAGUUUGUCGCGGGCGGCUUGAGUGCCCACGACAAGAAUUUUGCCGCGUACUUGCGGUCAUUUUCAAACCACGCUGCGAAAGAGCCGAGCGAGCUGCUGGACGCGCCCUUCUGCUCACGCCGCAACGACUGCAGCAAGCACGGGGACUGCGUCAACGGCGCUUGCGUCUGCGACGUGGGCUACGAAGGCAAGACGUGCUACAUCUCGACGGGUCGCAAGCAGCGCGAGGAAGCCGCGGCUAGAAAGGCCGAAAAGGAGGCCGCGCAAGCGGAUGAGGAGGCCGCGCGUCCAAAGGCGCCAGCAGGGGAGCUGCUACCCCCCGGCAAUCUCCGCGACGCGCAGGACGCGCCCAUGUACCCCCGGAGCAUGGUCGUCUUCCUCUUUGGCGCUGUCUUCACGUUGACGGGCGCGUUUGCGUAUGCCAACCGCAAGUACCUGCAUAAGACGCCGACCAAAAGCAGCUAGAUUACGUGAUCGUUGAUACAUUUCAGUUUGUACCAGCUCCGUGUCCAGUCACGUCGUGUGCGUCUAGGUCUGGUGACCAAGCAAAGGGUGCAAGUAGGUGUAUAUAACUUAGUCGCUAAAUGACUUCACGUCGAGCAGCACGGGUCGAUGUUGCCCGACAUUUCGGC